CAUGAUUGAAUCGAAGAGUUGACAGGGGAAAGUCGAGUUCAUGCCGCCAAGCUGCGUUUGUCGUGUCUCGGAUUUCCCCAGAAUUUCUGCUGCGUCGGUUUCGCAAAAGUGUCCACAACUACCUAGAACCUCGUGCUUUUCUGGUUCCCCCAAUUCCCUCUCUCACGACUCGCGCGACUUCAAUUGAGUCUCUCUGUCCUUUCGAACACCCUUUGGUCUCGCGAUUGCUCCUCUUAUCGCGCCUGUUGCUGUCUGCACAGCACGCACAGUACACACGCGGUUUCUCCCUAACCCCCUACUGGUAUCCCACACUCACAACCAUGGCCUCUGCAAGACCAGCAUCUCCCAUGACCUCCGGCCCUGAGUCUGGUCCCGAAUCAACCCCCUCUGCUCAAAAAGCCAGUGGAUCCUCCUCUAUUGCGCGCGCCGGCUCUCCUCCGGGCGGUCCUCGAUCUGCUAUCCGCCGUCGUGCAGCCGCCGAUCACAAGGAAUCAGUCAAGAAUGCCCGACCUACCUCGACACGUGCUGCCGGCGCAGGAGGUUCCUCGGGGACAAUGUUGAGAUUAUACACCGAUGAGAGCCCUGGGCUGAAGGUGGAUCCAAUGGUGGUCAUGUUCUUGAGCUUGGGCUUUAUUUUCAGUGUGGUGGCAUUGCACCUCAUUGCAAAGGUCACAAAGCGAUUCUCAUGAAUGUAUUAGAACAGCGGCUCAUGACAGGAUUCAGACGGAGAGACAAAAGCAUUGGGUCACCGGGUAUCUUCUAUGUAUAAUAUCCCAUUCGAGCAUGAAGAAGGGAGAGAUUCGUUCAACACCAGGACUUGCUUUGUAGGAGAUAGAAGAGCCCUCAGGGUUCCAGUCUCCGGUGGGUAUCAGCCUGGGAAGAAGCUGCGCUAUGACUUUUCUGCCUUGGCUCCUACACGUCGCCUUUGUAUAUGAGCCCUCUUUGUCUUCGAAAGACUGCCAGCGACAUUCUCGACAUCCUCGACAGGACGUAUUGGUCUACAUAUUCUGGGCGUAAAGUGAAGUAGAUCUCAUCGCAUGUUUCAUUGUGCGGGACUUGACAAAUGUAUUCGGAAAGGCUGUAUGCAAAAUGUUUCACUCGUUCUGUGACUUUGUACAAAU